UCAAACAAACGUCGACGUUGAUGUACCAGUUGCCUAGUGACGGAAAAGCUACUGAUGAUUUCCUGUUUUGACAAUCGUCCUGUUGGUACAUUAGCCUGCGCUAAGUAAGUUAGAUAUCUGGAUUUAUUAUGUCCAGAAAAUGGGAGAUAUUCACAGGUUUUCUUCAAUUACGUAGUUAGAUUAUACCCUUUGAAUUCGGGGUAAUAUUUACAAAGAUUGGACGAUUUGAAGUCAUGAAUAAUUACAUGUUCAUCAGAGUUGUUGGAAAGGGGAGUUAUGGAGAGGUGAAUCUGGUGAAACACAAACAGACCGUAAACAGUAUGUCAUAAAGAAGUUGAACUUGACCACGUCCUCGAAACGUGAGCGGCGAGCCGCGGAACAGGAGGCUCAGCUUCUCUCGCGACUACGACACCCAAACAUCGUGACUUACAGGGAGUCGUGGGAAGGAGAAGACUGCCAACUCUACAUCGCCAUGGGCUUCUGCGAGGGAGGCGACCUCUACCAUAGACUCAAGCAACAGAAGGGGGAACUCCUGCCUGAAAGGCAGGUGGUGGAGUGGUUCGUCCAGAUAGCUAUGGCCCUCCAGUAUCUACAUGAGGAGCAUAUCUUGCACCGGGACCUAAAGACCCAGAAUAUCUUCCUGACCAAGUCUAACAUCAUUAAAGUAGGAGACCUUGGCAUCGCCCGGGUUCUGGAGAAUCAGAACGACAUGGCCAGCACUCUAAUAGGAACACCGUACUACAUGAGCCCGGAGCUGUUUUCCAACAAACCCUACAACCACAAGUCUGACGUGUGGGCGCUGGGCUGCUGUGUGUACGAGAUGUCCACCCUGAAACAUGCCUUCAAUGCCAAGGACAUGAACUCACUCGUUUACCGCAUUGUAGAGGGAAAGCUGCCUCAGAUGCCGAGUAAGUAUGACCCUCAGCUGGGAGCUCUGAUAAAGAGCAUGCUGUGUAAGAGACCAGAGGACAGACCUGAUGUCAAACUCAUCCUACGUCAGCCCUACAUCAAACGACAAAUCGCCAUGUUUUUAGAGGCCACCAAAGAGAAAACUGCCAAGUCCAGAAAGAAAGCGGUUGGUGGCAGUCGCAGACCCAAUAGUGCAGCAUCUGUGGUUUCAUCUCAGCCAAGGCCUGAGCGCCCCCCUCAAUGUCCCCAGCCAGACCCAAACACCAGAGGGAAAAGGAAGGAAGAGAUCAACACACAGGAGCACAAAGGACGCAAUGGAAUCACACAGGACACCCCACCCCAGACACAUCUAACAACCAAAUCCCCUACACAAGACAUUCUCAACACCACUGGUGUGUCUUUGGCAACCAUCAGUAACAUUGACAUUGAUCUCCAGACACAGGAAGAGGAGACAAACGCCCAGAGAGGGGAUCCUCCCCAGACCGUGUCCAACGCCAGGGCAGAUAAUGAAGCUCUUUGUCAGAGGUCUGUGGAGGAGCAGAGUGGAGGGAAUCCGGAUCCCCCCCUGCCUCUGCACAGGCUGCUAUCAAGUGUCAGUACCAGGGAAGAGGAGAGCAAGACCACCAAUGGACCUGUAAUGCAGGGCGCCCCAAAGACCAGAGACAGAGUCAGAACCUCUGUAGAGAAAACUGUGAACACGGAUGAUAAAGAUGACACAAUGGAGCUACUCAAGGAUGUGGUCAUUGAGAGCCAAGCUACUGGACAUAGUAUAUGUCUGGGUGUUUCUACCAGUUUGUCUGAGUUAAGGUCUGCAGGACAACUCAAAGUGGAAUCCACUGGACAGACCUUUGAAGUAAAUAUAGAGAAGAAGGAUGACACCAGGAAUCUUCUCAAGGAAGUUCCUGCACACAAACAUACUGCCGUUGUCAAAGAGAGCUUGGUAUCCACAGAAAAGCUCUUAGAGCCCCUUCCUCCUGUGGCACCCUGUCAUGUGGAGCCCCUCCCCCAAGUCCCAGAGCAGGACACGCCCCCUCUGUGUACCCCCUCCUCCUCUGAACCCUCUGUCUCCUGCCAACGUAGACAAAGGGACAGGGGGCGGAUACAGAGUGAUCAGGACAAGUGGAAUAAAUUAGCAGCUCCUAGACCUCUACCGCCUCCUCCUGUUAAUGCACUGGUAGUGGAGGUGAAUAAGAGAAGCAGGACGAACACAGAUAAGAAGAGGGCCACCGCAACAACUUCCUUCACAACCAUUAGCUCCUCCAAGGAYGGCAACACUCCACUGCCACAGCAGGAGCGUCCUCUGACAGCCAGGGAGAGGAGAAGACUGAGGCAGUCCCAGCAGAACCCCAGCCAACCAAUUGUCAAUGCAGAAAGAAGGGCGUCUUAUGAUGUUGCCUCUUUACAUAAGCAGCCAGAGUCCCAGAACUCCACUGUCACUCGCUCUGUAUCUGAAAUGGGAAAGGAAACCAACCAGCAGGACAGGUUUUUGGGGCGCCCAUCAGACGAGGACGAAUGCAGUUCCUCCACCAGCUCAACAGAUCACUCAGAGGGGGACUGCAAAGAGGGAAAGAGUGAAUCCAGUGAUAUGCAGGACCUGGUUCAGAUGAUGACCCAGACAUUGCGAAUGGAUAGCAGAGAUACUGUUUGUGAGCUGGAUKGUGUUAGAUCUACUCCACUAGCUGAGUUUAAGCUGAACAGGAAGUAUAGGGACACCCUGAUGCUGCAUGGGAAAGCUAGAGAGGAGCAGGAGUUCCACUUCAGUGAAUUAUCCACCGGCACCACAUCUGGACCGGCAAAGAUCCGCAGAGCCAUUGAGCACCUGAAAAGAGAUGUGGUGAAGGGACUUGGGGUGAAGCUGUUGGACAGAGUCCUGGACAUAAUGGAGGACGAUGACGAGGACAAACGAGAGCUGUGUCUUCGGAGGCAGAUGGGAGAGGACAAGUACCAGUCAUAUGCUUUGAUGGUGCGGCAGCUAAAAUUCUUUGAGGACGUUUCUUUCAAGGCGGUGUCUUCUAAUUAUCCAUACAGGUUACAAUAUGCAAUGAAUUUGARUCUUCUGUUACUGUGUCCACCUGUCAGGUAGAUUAUUGUAGCAAAAUACUAAUAAAAUGAGUUAAUAUUUCAAAUGCAAACUAGUGAAACGAGAUGUACCUAUAAAUACUACAUAGGAAAUCCUUAAUUUGCUGAUUGUAUAAUAUAAGUUGCAGGAUGUAGAAGUAGUGUAGAUAUUUCCAACCCCUCUGACUUUAUAAUGUGAAAAUAGUUUGUUUUGAUUUAUCCACAUGAUUAAACAGUUGGGACAAAAUCAA